GCAGCACAGCUCCAGUACUAGUAAGUAGCAGCACUGCUUCAUCAGUGAUCUAGCUAACACACACAGAGACACAGUCCACGUGAAAUGUCUCGGGUGAUCGCUGCCUCCGGCGCCUGCGCACUCAUCCUCGUCCUGCUCGUGGCGUGCGCUGCGUCCGCAGCGCGCACCGAACCGGGCGCCGCACGGCGGCUGUGGGACGACGGGAGGAAGGUGGGGGGAAGGACGGAGGUGACGGACGAGGAGGGCGACAGGGAGGUGCAGGAUGUUGUUGCCGCGGCCUGCCUCUCGCUUUCUCUCUGCACCUCCCUCCCGCUCUCACUCUGCCACAACGAAGAAGGAGGAGAAGAAAGGAGACAGUGGACACAGGGAAGAUUUUCCGGCUAACGAACGCUACAGCCGCACGAACAGCUUUCACUUCCCUCGAGCACGAACUCGAGACACACACACCACCCCACGGCGAGCACGUAUACACUCCCAGAGGCUAUAUCUCUCUUCUCUGGCCCACCUACACACCAGCACCGUGGCCACUUUAAUACCCAGAGGCACGCACGCCAGAUCGGCCACUAACCCAUGCACUAACUACCUAGCUAAUCCCUAGCUACAUGCACGCUGCUAACAACCUGAAAGUGGCCGGCUUUGUAGCCUGCGGAGACGCAGCUCCCCCGCACCACACAUGCAGGAACUGCCGCACAGAGAUUCGGCCGGCUCGGAGACUCCACUCACCACGGCCACGCACCGGCGUCCAGACUCGACCAACACACGCACAUGCUGAUCACCAUCGUUGUGUGCCUUACUCUAACACAGGAGCUUGGUCGGUACUCCGUGGAGGAGCACAACCGGCGCCGGGGGGAGGGCUGCGAGGACGGCGGCGUCUGCGGCCGGCUGGAGUUCGCCCGCGUGGUGUCGGCGCAGCGCCAGGUGGUGUCCGGGGUCAAGUACUACCUCCGCGUCGCGGCCGCCGAGGAGAACGGCGCGGGGACGAACGGCGUCAGUGACGGCCGCGUGUUCGACGCCGUGGUGGUCGUCAAGCCCUGGCUCCAGUCCCGCGCGCUGGUCAGGUUCGCGCCGGCCGAUGCCAAAUGAGCAGCUGCACAAGCGAUCGGACGAACUUGCGCGCCAGAGUAUGCAAUGUACACUCGAAUACCGAAGUGUGAGCUAGAGUUGACCGCCAGAGUAUACAGGCGGUCAAAGUUUUGUAAGGUCUCCCGGAUAAAGAAGUUUUGCAAGAAGAUAUGAGAGUGUCGAAAUAAAUACAAUAUACGAUAAGAAUGUUUUGCUUCUA